AUGACCAUCUGCUGGGUCUGCAAGCGCUGGCGAGCAAUCGCGUUGGACACUCCGGUGCUGUGGACAAACAUCCGUGUGAACGAGUUCGUAGAGCCUACGGAAGCGUACCUCGAACGCUCCCAGAACACCCAGCUCUUCGUCUCCGGCAGCCUGAAUUUCCACUUGGCGGGAGGCAACAACAGGCAUACUGCUGCUCCCGAUACAUGGGCCCUCGUUCUCAAGCAUUCAGACCGCAUCGAGGCGAUGUCUGUUGACUAUAAGUCUGGCUUGUACAAGGAUCUCGUCCCCACUAUGAACACCGAACACUUCAAACUCCCCCAGCUCAGACGUCUCAGACUUCAGUUUGUUCAUGUCUCACCCAACGACAAGACCAGGCAGUCCGUCUUUGUACCCCAUAGAUUCGAGGUUGACUACCAUGCGUCGCUGCUCGAAGAGCUCGAGAUCAUCCAACUGCCGUUUACCCUCACCUCCACUCUCCUCACUGUGGGGUUGAGGAAACUCAUCCUGUGUGGCAUUGAGUGGGAUAGAUACCACCGGCCAUGGGAUAUCCUCCUUGGCACUCUGAAGAGACUUCCUUGUAUCGAAGAGUUUCGCCUCCUGGAGGAUCUCCCAGAACUCCCUAUGGGCAAUUUUUCUCUCGCAGGACAGGACGAGAAGUUGGAGGAGCAGCUUUCACAGCUGUUACUGGCAGCGCCUGUCGAUCUUCCAAAGCUUCGGCUGUUGGAAGUGGCCAGCUCUUCUUGUGAGGACGCAGGACAAGUAGGCCUACUCAUGAGCAACCUCACACUUCCUGCCAGAGCUGCGAUAAGCAUCACACUCUGCGGCACCUGCGGGUUCACAUACCAGGAGGUCUUCCUCAUAGGUUCAAUACUAGCCACUACAUUUUCUGUGCCGGCAGCUGGGGCGACCCCUCGGUUGCCGCUGCGCACUCUGUGUCUCCAGCGAGCCGAGUCAGAACUCGCAUACGGUGGAGCGCCGCGUAUCACUGGCUGGAGUGAGCCACUUUCACCGGAGAAGCUGCCACCAGGCACGCUCACAUCAUCACCGUCACCCACAUUGUCGCUCGGCGUUGCUGAUCAGGGACGAAGUGUCGAUAUCCUCGAUACCUUGAAGUUACUCCCGCUUGGUAGCUUGGAGUACCUCGCUGUCCACCAGUUUCUGCCAUUCUUCGUGGACUACCUCUUGGCAUUUGCACACGCCCGUAAUCUUCGCGUUCUGUCUGCUUCCGGCAGGGCCUGCCACUGGCUCAUUUUCAGCCUCACUCCUCCGGGCACGAGUGGCGCUCUCUCUCUCGACUUUCGUUGAAAGACGACGUCCUCUUCCCGAACCU